AUGCCGCAGGAGUUGGAUUAUUUGAUUAAUAUACUAUCUAACAUUGGUGGAAUAUGGGAAAGUUCGAUGAAAUAUUCAGAAAUUUUGAACUUUUUGAAAAUGGAUGAAUUUGAGUCUACUGUGAAUGAUUUAAAUUUUAUGAGACUGAAUGAAAUAUCACAGGAAACGUCACAAGUCUUGAAUAAGUAUGAGGAGAAAAUCAAUGACGAUGACAAUGAUGAUGACGAUGAUGACGACGAUGACGAAGAAAGUGAUCCUAAUAGCCUAUCAAAGGGUCAGCAUCUUUCAAAGAGUGCGAGGAUAAUAUCAGACAUGAGGCUUAAUGCUUACAUUGUGGACGUUAUACUAUCGAAAAAAAUUGAGGAGUUUAAGCAAAAUGAGAGCAAAAUCUCAACUAAUUCACCUAAUAAUCAAAACGACUUCUCAAAUAUAUUUGAGUGGUUUAAAUUACCUAUUGCUCACGAAUUUAACGUUCCCUUUAUGGAUAAUAAUGGAAAAGAUACAUUGUAG